AUGUCGUUCGACAAAGGAAAAAAGUUCGUUAUCAAGCAUGUUUUCGAAAAUGUGAAAAGUCUUACAUCUGACGAAUUCGCGAAUGGGACCGUCGAGAAGCAUUUCGAUGCAUUUUGGAAAAUUCGACUAUUCAAACAUAACAAUGGCGAUAUAACUCCAUCUUUAUUUUGUGAUAGCUUUGAGACUGGCCAUUGGUCAAUUAGCACAACGUGCGAUGUACUUGUUAACGGAAAACCAUUCAAAACUGGACUGAAAUUCGAGUUCGGAGAAAAUAGUACCAAUUUGAAUUACUGGUACAUUUUCAAAAAGGAUUUCCACAAAUAUAGAAUCAAGGACAGUGCCAGAGUUGAAUUCCAUGUGAAAAUCGAUAAAAUGGUUGGAUCGUUUCGGAGUUUCGAUGAUGACGUGUCAAAAGAUUCAUCUGAUGUCGUUUUAGUCGUCGAAGAUCAAAAAUUCUAUGUUUGCAAAACGUAUUUAUCCUACCACUCCGCAUACUUCAAAUCUCUUUUUUCUGAAAAUCCCGAAGAAUCUGAACAAUCGAUCAUCGAGUUGAAGGAUAUCGAAUUGGUUGACUUUCACAUCUUUCUUGGCAUUAUUUACGGAUUUCUAGCUGUCAAAGGCUCAAAUGUUCAAAAUCUGCUGAAACUGGCCGACUUCUUCGCUGCUAAAAUUGUCAUGGAGAGAUGUGAAAUGUUUUUGAUGUCAACCUCUUCAAAAAAUGACGUCGUUGAAAAAUUUCAAUUGUCGCUCAAAUAUAAAAUGGAUAAUUUGAAGAACAAGUGUCUGUCGGAAAUGAACAAGAAAACCGAUUUUGUUGGAUUGGCACCUGAAAAUUCGGACGAUUACAGCACCGAAACUUGGAAGCAGCUCUAUUUGAAAGCUGCUAAUUUUAUCAAAUAA